AUGAACCACGGAGACCGUUACACCUCCUCAUCCUACAGGAAGAUUUUCGGGGACUCCCCCAGGUUUUCCGCCUCCUCUUCCCGCAUGAGCAGUGCCUCCACUCGGGGCUCUCCGGGGCUCCGGUCCAUGGCUGCGUCCCGCAACAGCGCGCCCUCCCUGAACGCGUACAGGCGGGUCGGUCGGUCCUCUGCCUCUUUCUCUCUGGUGCCCACCGACUCCCUGGACUUGACCCAGACCUCCGUGGUCAACAGUGAAUUCAAAGUCAUUAGGACUAACGAGAAGGAGCAGCUGCAGGGUCUGAAUGAUCGAUUCGCCAUGUUCAUUGAUAAAGUCCGGCACCUGGAGCAGCAGAAUAAAGUGUUGGAGAUGGAGCUGGUGACACUGCGGCAGAAGCAAAGCGAGCCAUCCCGCAUCGCUCAUCUCUACCAGCAGGAGAUGAGGGAUCUCCGGUUGCAGGUGGAGGAGCUGAGCAGGGACAAGAACCGCAUCUUGAUCGAGAGGAACAACAUGGAGGACGAGCUGCAGAAGCUCAAUGUGAAGUAUGAUGAGGAGAUGAGGGCACGGGAAGAAGCUGAGCAGACCUUGAGGUCCUUCAGGAAGGAUGUGGAUGAUGCCUCAGCCGUUCGCCUGGACCUGGAGCGCCGUGUGGAGUCCCUGAUGGACGAAUGUUCCUUCCUUAGAAAAGUACAUGAUGAGGAAAUUCAGGAGCUGAGCAGCAUGAUGGAGGCGCAGCAGGUCUCCGUGGAGCUCGAGCUCGCCAAGCCAGAUCUCACCUCGGCUCUGAAAGAGAUCCGCAACCAGUAUGAGAAUAUCGCUUCCAGAAACCUGCAGUCAGCUGAGGAGUGGUACAAGGGCAAGUUUGCCAGCCUCAGCGAGCAGGCGACCAGGAGCAAUGAGGCAAUGAGGGUCAGCAGGGAAGAGAUCAGUGAUUUCAGGAGGCAGCUGCAGUCCAAGACCAUUGAGAUAGAAUCUCUGAGGGGUGCCAAUGAAUCUCUGGAGAGGCAGAUCACAGAGAUGGAGGAUGCACACAGCGUUGAAGUCACAGCCAUGCAGGACACUAUUGGCCACCUGGAUACUGAGCUGAGGAACCUGAAGGGUGAGAUGGCCCAGCACCUGAGAGAGUAUCAGGACCUGCUCAACGUCAAGAUGGCCCUGGACAUAGAGAUAGCUGCCUACAGGAAACUGCUGGAGGGGGAAGAGACUCACUUUAACUCAGGGAUGUCGUUUGGUGCUGCCAGCUACAGCUACCAGCCUCGAGUCUCAGCCAGCUCCUCCUCCAAGAGCAGCCACAGGGAGAAAGAAGGGGCCACGAAGGAAAGCUUCAAGGAGAGCAGUGAGGAUAAAGAUGAGGCAGACAUCAACUCCAACAACUGAAGAAAUACAGACAGGGAAAUCUAGAGAGGAAAGAAAUAUACUGUGUUUGUGCAGAGUUUAUAGUCAUACACUGUAUUCACCAGAGACAAUACUAAGACCAAUGUGUUGGAAUUAGAUGUUUCCUGUGGUGUAAGUCAGAUUAUUUAGUUAUAAGUUAAUUAAUCAUGAAUCAUUGAACAAAGGAAACUAGCCUGAAAAUCUAGACCAUGUUGCAAAUAUUGUACCACAGUAAAUAUGUGACCAAGUAUUGAAUGCUCCCAGGAUGAAUUUCCAUUAUGCUGCUGUGUGUCAGGAGAGAAACUGCUUGGAUAGAAGCUACAUUUCUAAAGGUCGGCAUAGUUCAACUUAUAUGUUGUUGCAGUAUGUCAGUGAACUUGGAAAUGAAUGUCAGGUCAGUUUAAAGCAUUUUAGACACAUAGGGUGAUGGAGGACAAAACUGCAUUUUGUUUCAUGAUGUAAUAAGAGUUUUCUGCCUUGCUAACAAAGACAGACACAGCACUUCAAAUACUACAAUAGAAGAAAAAUAGCCACCAUUGUGUAUUUUCAUGUACACAAUGAUUUAGCAGUGCAUCAAAUAGUACAUGUAAUGUUGACCUAGCUCUAGUGUCUUUGUAUACAGCUACUGAAAAGCAUUUGUUUUAAUUGCACCAAAUAAAAUAUG